GGAACCGCAGCGUCGUCCAUUUUGUGAUCGCACGCACUCGGACGCUGUGUUCGUAGUGACAAUGUUGAAGUACACGGUCAGGAAAUAUUGUUCGGAGGGCAGUAAGGUCAACCAAAUUAUGGUGGCGGCAUUAAUGCUGCUGCCAGUAUUCUCAUAUGGAACGGCGGUUGGAUGGAUAUCUCCCAUGGGUCCUCGCCUGAUGUCCAAAGACACGCCAGCCCGGGAGCCAGUGCACCAGGAUGUCGUAUCCUGGAUGGCGUCCGUUGUCUAUAUAGUUGGAGUACCAGCUGUAUUCAUAUUUGGUUACAUUGUUGACAACUUUGGAAGAAAAGUUGCGCUAAUGUUAACCUCCCUCUCAAUGGCCAUCUGCUGGGGCCUGAAGCUUUACUCAACAGAAACCUGGGCUUUAAUCACUGCCAGAGCCAUCAUCGGUCUUGGAGUCAGCGGUUCCUACGUCGUGACCCCGCUGUACAUUAAAGAGAUCAGUGAAGACUCCAUUCGAGGCACCCUGGGCAGCUUGGUAGUGCUGUCGCAAAACUUCGGGAACCUGGUGGUCUACAUCAUCGGCGAGUAUCUGAGCUAUCAGGCGACGCUGUGGAUCUGUCUCUCUGUGCCGUUGAUACAUUUGCUGGUCUUCGCGGCGAUGCCAGAGACGCCGUCGUAUCUGCUGAAAACUGGAAAAGUCGAGGAAGCUCGUGAUGUCCUCGCCUGGCUGCGAUGUCGCCAAGUGACUGAUGCCUCAGUUGAGAGUGAGCUUCAGUUACUCCUCAUUGAGUUGGAACAGACCAAGUCCGGGAAGUUCUUCACGGUCCUGAAGUCUAUAGUAUCGGACAGUAGUACGUUUCAUGCAUUCCGCAUUACUCUGACCAUCACCGUAGCUCGGGAGCUAUGCGGUUGUCUGGCGGUACUGCAUUUUGCAUCACUGAUCUUCAGCCAAGCAAGCGGUAGCUGGGUACUUUCUCCCAACCAGCAAGCAGCUAUGCUCGGAGUGGUGCAGCUCAUUGGAUCGUGUACAGCAUCUACUCUUGUCGAGAGGGCUGGCAGAAAGCCACUCCUGGGCACGACUUGUCUCGUGUCCAGCAUAGCUCUCACCGCUUUGGGAACCUGGUUCUACGUGGGCAGCGGGACAGCCGCCUGGGUUCCUGUGCUGGCUCUCUGCCUGUGUAUCUACUGUGACGCGGCUGGCCUGCAGCCAGUACCCUUCGUGGUCAUGACUGAGAUGUUCUCCUUCCAGCACCGCGGUACAGUCACCUCCAUCGUCAUCGCGUUCGCCUGCGCCCUGGUCUCUCUGGAACUGCGGGUCUUCCAGCCCAUAGCCAGUUAUUUUGGCCUCUACUUAAUAUUCUGGAUUUUCGCGGGCGUUUGCAUCGUGAGCACCAUCUACAUAUUCUGGUGCGUGCCAGAAACGAAGAUGAAGUCCAUAGAAGAGAUUUACGCGCAGUUGGGAAAGAAGAAAAAGGGAAUCGGAAAGGACUUAGAAGCGGAUGUGACUCGAUUGUAAAUUAUAUUCUUGUUAGUUUAGUAAUUUUAUUCGCACCCAUUAUCCCUUACAGGGAAAUGUAAUCAUACUGCUUGCAAAUUUGUUUGAGGCGCUAUUAUUGUUUGCGGACGAUGAAGAAAGUCUACCGGUGGGAAGCUCCUUUGCACCGAAUGCCGGCAAUGGCACCUUUUUCUGCCAUGAAGCAGUAAUGUGUAAGCAUUAUUGUGUUUCGGUCUGAAUUUUUGGGUUUUUCCAGAAUCCUGAGCGGCACUGCAUUGUAAUGGGCAGGGCGUAUCAAUUACCAUUGCCUGUCCUACUUAUCUCGGUCCUUAUUGUCAUAAAAAAAAGUUUAUAAAUAGCUGUAAUACAACAUGACGUAGGUUUAUCGUUUCUCCCCAGUUCUUAACAACACUGAUUUUUAGUUUGUCACUAGGAGUGACCCGAAAGCUGUUAUACAUAAUUCCUGCCACCGAGAUCUACGCAUCUCAAACUUAAAUAGUGUUAACAUAUAUUAUUUCCCAUAGUGUGGUUGCCUAGCCUUUAUUAUUACUACCAAACUGGGUGAUGACGAGCACGGAAGCACUGAAACUAUUGUGCCACUGUUGGUUUUCACGGGUGGACAAAAUGUACUCACAAUGUCCACUACAUAACCAAAACAAACAAUGAGUUUACUUUUAGAUAAAACAAAUUGUCAAGUUGAGUUAACAAUAUGGAUAAUGGGAGGGUUCAUGUUUUAAUUAUAUUGCUAAGUCAAUAGCGAUACAAAAAUUGAUGAACAAGUAUAUUCAUAGGGCAUUAGUACUCAUAGAAAUCUAAAUAAGAAGGUACUUACUGGAAGUGACACAGCCGCGUUAAGUAUAUCUACUCACCGGCGACUUAUAGAUCAGCGAGUCAGCACGGACUAGUAAAAAUAUAAGGACUCCGUGUCACCUUACAUAUCAGUGUAGCACCAAAACAAGCCGAUUAACAUGUAAAUACAUAGCCCCACGCACACACUUACACUACUACAGGCCGAUAGGCGGCCAUUAUGAGAAUUGUAUCUGUGACAGAUCAGUUUGCGUCUCAAUAAAAUAUUUUAAAAAUGCCGUCGUGCGUUGUGAAAAAGUGUAAAAACUAUACUAUAUAAGUAUUUAUAGUAUCCCCCGUAACCGCACACACACUAGCAUAACGGUGCUUCACUUGCUAAUAUCACGGCGCGGAGUCCUUCUUUUUUUACUAGUCCGUGCGAGUCAGUUGUGAUUUAGUAUGAAUCGAAACGGAAGACGAGAAUCAAUUUGUAAAUAUUAUGGUGUAUUUAAGUUUAAGUUACUUUAAGCAUAUCCACAACGUGCAAGUGUACCAAUUAAAAUAUUAUCUUGUAACUCGUUAUUUAACUAGACUACUGUUUUUAUUUUGAUAAAAUAUAUGGCGAUAUAAGUUUAAGUUACUUUAUUCUCAUUAAGACCUUUUGUAACUUACAUGAUAAAUUAACAUUUUAAUAAUAAAAGUAGGUACUUACAAUGAUUUUGGUAAGUUAUACAAUGUUCCAAAUAGAUAAAACAUAAAACAACCCACUUAUGUUAUUGAAACGUUUCAUAAUUAUUGAGUAUAUGCCUGUGAAGAAUCGCCGUAAAAGAAGUUAAUGUUUUGCCAUUUCUUAUUUCUGAUGGUAGUUAUGUAUCUGAGCUCCCUCAAAGGUUAUUGUCUAUUUUCCAUAAUUCUAUUGGCAGCGCAAUACGACUAGCUCUUUGUGUAACAAUUUUGGUUAAAUCCUUUUUUCUAAAGAAGGUAUUAGGUUCUUUAUUCGUAUCGCCGUCAUUUUGCAAACCAUUGGUGCACAAGUACAUCAAUAUUUGGUUGCAUUUAAUCGUACAUAGCAAUGUAAUUUAUGUAUGCGAUAGUUGUCGUGCAAUUAGCACUUAUUAAAUUUUUAUUACUUUCUUAUUUAGGAUACAAAUACUACACACUUAGAUAAUUUAUACGUCAAGAUAGAGCCUCUUGCUGUUAGAGAACCGAUGAAAACAAACCAGGUUUAUUACUUUAGUGUGCGUGACAAGCUACGUCUUACACUCGCGAUACGUAUGUCACUUUAUGUUAGUGUGCGUGCAUUGCUAAAAAUAGAUAAUAGUUAACUGUCAAACUUCAAUUUUUUUUCGAAGUCAUAUCUAGACGUAUAAAUGAUCUUAGAUUUGACAUUUCUUUUCCACAAAAUAAACGUGGUUUUUAAUAGAUCUGUAUAUUUUUAAAUGUGCCAUAUUAUAAUUCUUAAUCUAAAUUUAUAUAAGAGACAAUCAAUCCAGUAUCAAAUGCUGAAAGACUGUUAAUAAGAAAUACAAAUAGAUGCCUAUUAUAUAAGACAAAAUAUGAUUGUUAUAUCUAGUACUGUAAAAAUAGUUUUAUACGAGAAUAAUAAUAAUAUUGUGAAUAAAUAACAUAGCAACCUGUAGAAAUAAAGGUUCAAUGACCGCUACCAACGACUCUGAUGUAAAUUCAAGUUUAUUGACCUCUCUUUCAUAAUGUAUGUGAUAGACUGAGACAAAGAAUUUAUUCAAUGAUAUGACUGGGCUCAAGAUUUUUAACAAAUAUAAACAAAUUAUAAACGAUCAUGUGCAUCGAAAGAAAUUUUUUAAUAUAUUAACGAGAAAAUUUAUUAAAACAAUCACUAUUAGUAAAAUCACUUCUCUAAAUUUCAAUCAUAAAAAAUGCUACAAUUUAAUUAAUAAAUUGUAAUUAUUUUUCGUCUAUUUCUUAUUAUGUGGUCUGUUGUUUUAAUAUUAUGUUAUUUGUUACUUAAUUAUUAAAAACAUUACAUGACCAGAAUCACGUUAAAAAUAUAUUUUAUCCACGAAAAUGCGUUUUAUACCGUUUUACUACAAAGCAACGCAAUAUUUGAAGUAAAAUUUUGUUGUUAUUGUUUCACCACACUUGAGCAAUCGGUGUUACUUUUACCUGGUAUUGGUGUUACCAUAUUUCAAUAUUUAUCAUAAUACUGUUUGUUUCCUAUACAUGAAUAAAUAUAUAAAUAAAUAUACAGGUAAUCCCCCCUAAUACACGGUAUAGUGGUAUUUUUACGACCUCUUCAUUUGCCAUUAUAAUUAAUCGCAAUUCGAUUUCCAAUUGUUUCUAGCUUACUAUUUUAAUAAGGUUCUUAAUACAUAAAUUUAAUAAAACAAUACAAAUUAUGAACUACAAAUCAUUAAAAAUUUCACAGUACAAUUUUUUUUUGGGAAAUCCCCGCGUUAAAUGUGGGAUGGCCUGUGUUAUACAGAAGUAAUCGCGUAAUAUGAUAUCCCGUUACAAGUGUACGUCGUUAUGGGGAGAAAUAUACGUUAUAGUACUGUAUUUGGAAUCUAGGUAUAUCCUUAAUAUGAUUUCGCUCAUUCGUUUGAAUAUUCUUUGUCUCAGCUAGGUAAAUAAUGAAAUGUUAAGAUAAUAAAUUAUGUUAUGUGUAUUUUAAAUAUUUAAUAAGUUAGGAAUAAUUUAAUUCAUUGAAAUUAUUUAGCGAUAUUAUAUUUACAUACCAUUUUAUAUACAAACUUAUAUCUUGCUUAAUGUGAGAAUAGCCGUGAUAAGUUACUUUAAGCCUUAUAAGUUGGCAUCACUGUGGAAGAAUAAAUUAUUUAUUUUA